GGCAGCAGACCCCCAACCAGGUGAAGGAGAGUCCCACGGCAGAGUGAAGUGUUCCACAGUCCGACUGGAUAGAACAGCACAGGAGAAAACUGUGGAGGGAGGAAAGAAGCCAAAGGUGGAUUUUAAGAGAAACCUAAAAGUUGUAUCUGGCGAAGAUCACCUGAUUCCAGCCAACAUGGAUAGAAGACCCACCUGUGACCAGUGUGGGAAGACUUUCACUGACAUGAGUAGCUUUAAGAGACACCUACGUAUCCACAGUGGAGAAAGACCACAUGAAUGUGACCAGUGUGGGAAGACUUUCAUAAGAAUGAAUGACCUUAAGAGACACCUACGCAGCCACAGCGGAGAAAGACCAUAUGAGUGUGACCAGUGUGGGAAGACUUUUACUGACGUGAGUAUCCUAAAGAGACACCUACGCAUCCACAGUGGGGAAAGACCAUGUGAGUGUGACCAGUGUGGGAAGACUUUCACCCGCAUGAAUGACCUUAAGAGACACCUACGUGUCCACAGUGGAGAAAGACCAUAUGAGUGUGACCAGUGUGGGAAGACUUUCACCCUCAUGGGUAACCUUAAGAAACACCUACACUUCCACAGUGGAGAAAGACCAUAUGAGUGUGACCAGUGUGGGAAGACUUUCACCCUCAUGGAUAACCUUAAGAAACACCUAAACGUCCACAGAGGAGAAAGACCAUAUGAGUGUGAUGAGUGUGGGAAGAGUUUCACCCAGCUGUUUACCCUUAAAAGACACCAACGCAUCCACAGAGGAGAAAAACCAUAUGAGUGUGAUCAGUGUGGAAAGACUUUCACUCAAAUGAAUCACCUUAAGAUACAUCUACGCAUUCACAGAGGAGAAAGACCAUAUGCGUGUGACCAGUGUGGGAAGAGUUUCACCCACAUGAAUAACCUUAAGACACACCUACGCAUUCACAGCGGAGAAAGUACAUAUGACUGUGACCAGUGUGGGAGGACUUUCACUCAAAUGAAUAGGCUUAAAACACACCUACGCACCCACAGCGGAGAAAAACCAUAUGGUUGUUACCAGUGUGGGAAGACUUUCACCCAUAUGAAUAGCCUUAAGACACACCUACGCAUCCACAGCGGAGAAAGACCUUAUCACUGUGAACAGUGUGGGAAAACUUUCACACAAAUGAGUGGGCUUAAGACACACCUACGUAUCCACAAAGGAGAAAGACCAUUUGACUGUGACCAGUGUGGGAAGACUUUCAAACAACUGUCUGCCCUUAAGACACACCUACGCAUCCAUAGCAGAGACAGACCAUAAAAGUGUGAUCAGUUUGGGAAGGCUUUCACCAGCCAGAGUGGGCUUAAAACCCACCUGUGCAUCCAGAGGAGAAAGACCAUUAAACUGUGUCCAGUGUGGGAAGGCUUUCACAGCUUUGUCUGCAUUAUUUUCUCACUGUCAAGUUCUCCACAAGAACUUGAUGUCCCCCGGUGAUAAGUGCACGAAAAUACUCUGGUCGUCCAACUUUUACAGGCGUUACCAACGGACCCAUACUGGACAGAAACCCUACCAGUGCACAUUUUGUGACACACACAGGUUCACAAUUUACCAAACAAGAAUAUGUCAAAAAAUUUCCACAAAGGACAAAAACUGAACAAAUGUACAAAAAGUAAGGCUCUAGAGACUAGUAGAAACAAUCAGUGUCAUAACACACUAAAACAGGUUGAGCAUUGCAGAUGUGAAAAAAGAUUCUUGUCAUCCUCCGCUCUCUCCUAUCAUCAGGACAGAUGUGAAUCAUCAAUGUCUGGACCAAAAAGUAUCUCAGCAUCAGAUGACAAGAAGAAACACAGCGUCUGAAUCAGCAGCACCGACUUCUUUUGACUAGAACAUCAAACUUAAAAACCUCCAGAUCAGGCUCCAUAGAGUCCAGAUGUGAAGACAAACUCCAGACUGAAAGCUGUGUUUUAUUGUCCUCAGAGUAAAGAAGUGUGUUCUAAUGCACCACCUUCACAAAACAGUGACGUUACAGAACCUCAACCUGCCACAAUGUGUAAAGUUCAGCUAGUGUAGUUCAACAAGGACGUGGUUUCAAUGGGGAUACUACUUCUAUUGACUUUGUGGACUUUUAAUCAGUCACUUGUUGUGAUUCUGUUGCUGGUUGUGGUUCACACCUGUUCAUUGUUCA